AUGUGGGCAUACGGACUGCUACUGAGGCGGGGGAAACCGACGCCCCCGGCGGGGGAAACCGACGCCCCCGGCGGGGGAAACCGACGCCCCCGGCGGGGGAAACCGACGCCCCCGGCGGGGGAAACCGACGCCCCCGGCGGGGGAAACCGACGCCCCCGGCGGGGGAAACCGACGCCCCCGGCGGGGGAAACCGACGCCCCCGGCGGGGGAAACCGACGCCCCCGGCGGGGGAAACCGACGCCCCCGGCGGGGGAAACCGACGCCCCCGGCGGGGGAAACCGACGCCCCCGGCGGGGGAAACCGACGCCCCCGGCGGGGGAAACCGACGCCCCCGGCGGGGGAAACCGACGCCCCCGGCGGGGGAAACCGACGCCCCCGGCGGGGGAAACCGACGCCCCCGGCGGGGGAAACCGACGCCCCCGGCGGGGGAAACCGACGCCCCCGGCGGGGGAAACCGACGCCCCCGGCGGGGGAAACCGACGCCCCCGGCGGGGGAAACCGACGCCCCCGGCGGGGGAAACCGACGCCCCCGGCGGGGGAAACCGACAAUCGGGUCUCAGUGAUGUUCUAAGGCCUUCCAUGACAUCUUCCACUGAUCUGUGCCCGCAACUAUUGUUGCUAUGA